UUCUCGUGCAUCUUUUAAAAAAAGAAAACAAAAUUUAUUAAUGUUCUCAAUUUCUUCAGUUGAUAACAGCACAAAACCUAAUUUCCUUUGCUUUUGGUCAGACAGAAAGAUGAAAGAAAAACAGCUAUAAAUGAGAGUUGGUUUGUGAUUUAUUUUCACCAACGACUGGCAUACUCUCUUUAACUCUUUCCUUCCCUUAUAUACCCUUUAAAUUCUAUAUAUACAUAUUUCUAUUUUAUAUCUCCUUGAACUAGGUUUUGAUUUUCCUGAUCAUCGAUGGAGGUUUAUGGAUACCCAUCUCAUUCUCUGCCUUCUUCGUCUUCAACUUCUUCAUUUUCCUUCUGCAAUUUGAUCGACAAGGUUAAAGAAUUCUUCAGAUUCGCUCUUUCCGCGAUUGUUGGGAAUGUCUUCUCUGCGAUCUUCACUUUUUUCUUCGCAUUAGUGGGCACCUUAUUAGGAGCCAUGACUGGAGCUUUGAUAGGCCAAGAGACAGAGAGCGGGUUUGUACGUGGGGCUGCUGUUGGAGCCAUCUCUGGAGCUGUUUUCUCAAUUGAGGUUUUUGAAUCUUCACUUGUUCUCUGGCAAACGGAUGAAUCUGGAAUUGGGUGUUUGCUAUACUUGAUUGAUGUUAUUGCAAGCCUUCUAAGUGGUAGACUUGUUCGUGAGAGGAUUGGUCCGGCCAUGCUAAGUGCAGUGCAAAGUCAGAUGGGUGCUGUUGAACCGAGCUUCGAUGAGGUUCACAAUAUUUUUGAUACUGGGAGCGCUAAAGGUUUACCUGGAGAUUCAGUUGAAAGGAUCCCAAAGAUCAAAAUCACUAGCAAUAACAAUGUAGAUGCUUCCGGGGAGAAAGCAUCAUGCUCAGUGUGCCUUCAGGACUUUCAGGUCGGAGAGACUGUUAGAAGUUUGCCUCAUUGUCAUCACAUGUUUCACCUGCCUUGCAUUGAUAAAUGGCUGGUGAGGCAUGGUUCUUGUCCCUUAUGCAGAAGGGAUCUGUAGUUAAUGUAAACUAUAACAAGAUGAGUUCUUUUAUUAUUUCUUAGUCGUAGAAUUUCUCUGUUUUGUUCUUGAAGCACUAGCUAGACCUCCCCCCCCCCCCCCCCCCCUUUCGGACAACAGCCUCGUGUAAUUAGUUUGAGUGCGGUGUAUCGUGAGCUGGGUCAUUGUACUUUAUCAGCAUUCUGUAUAAAAAUUUUGCGUCAUUAAUAUUUAUUUGUUUCUGUUUUUAUC